GCGCUGCUCGCAGCCUUUAUACAGAGGCGGUGGCAGCGGCUUCGCCUCGGCUGCUGCGAGCCCGGCCGGCCUGGCGAGGCGAGAAUCAGGAUGCCAAACUGGGGAGGAGGUAACAAAUGCGGGGCCUGCGGCCGGACAGUCUACCAUGCUGAAGAAGUCCAGUGUGAUGGGAGGAGUUUCCACAGAUGCUGUUUUCUCUGCAUGGUCUGCCGGAAAAACCUAGACAGCACAACUGUAGCAAUUCAUGAUGCUGAAGUUUACUGCAAAUCCUGCUAUGGAAAAAAGUAUGGUCCUAAAGGUUAUGGUUAUGGCCAAGGAGCAGGCACUCUCAACAUGGACAGAGGGGAGAGACUGGGUAUCAAGCCUGACAACACUCCUUCGCCUCAUCGACCUACAACAAAUCCAAAUACUUCAAAGUUUGCUCAGAAAUUUGGAGGUUCAGAGAAAUGCUCCAGAUGUGGUGACUCUGUUUAUGCUGCUGAGAAAGUAAUAGGAGCUGGAAAGCCUUGGCACAAAAAUUGUUUCCGAUGUGCCAAGUGUGGCAAGAGUCUAGAAUCUACAACCCUUACUGAGAAAGAAGGCGAAAUUUAUUGUAAAGGUUGUUAUGCCAAGAAUUUUGGUCCCAAAGGAUUUGGAUAUGGCCAGGGAGCAGGUGCCCUUGUUCAUGCUCAGUGAAGGAGGAGCUGAAGUCAACCUCCUGUAACUCACUGAAAUUCUUCCUCUGUGAAAAGAAACUGCUUCUUAUGUGUUACUAACUACUGUGAAACUGAUACUAGUUUAUUACUGCUAAUGCAAAGUUUUUAUCAAAUAUUAAAACACUGCAUAAUUCUCUUUGCUUGUGUAUGCCAUGUUAACACUACUAUUCUUCUCUAAUAAACCUUUUGCAUAAUAUGACUCUUCUUCACUAUUAAAAAAA